AUGAAACACGAAAGUUACUUUCUUAAUGAGCGAGCUGUUUUUGGAGAAGCUUUGUUUUCACUUGUAAGAAUGGAUCCUCGAAAUACAGAGAUCAAUCUAGACAGUUUGAUGUUUUCAAAGCUACCAGAGCUUAGUGAUGCAGACAAACAGAAACAAGAGGCAGAUUAUAUUUAUCGGUAUAGAUACAAUGGUGGAGGAGCAUCCCAAGUUUGGCUUCGAUCAGGCAGAUAUGUUGUCAUCGAUUUGUCUGCGGGGCCUUGUACAUAUGGGAAGAUUGAAACUGAAGAGGGAAGUGUUAGUCCUAGAACAGUGCCAAGGAUACGAAAUAUUUUCCUUCCAGGGAACGUUAGCCCUGUUGGUCAUCAGUCUACCACUGAUAUCUUUUCUGGUCAGUUAGCAGCGUUAGUAGCUACUACGAUUGAGCACGUCAUAGCUCCUGAUGUCAGGUUUGAGACGGUUGAUCUAGCAACUAGAGUGCUGGUACCUAUCAUUGUGCUCCAAAACCACAAUCGAUAUAAUAUCAUGGAAAGAGGACAAAACUACAGCAUAAAUAUUGAAGAGAUAAAAUCCGAGGUAAAGAAAAUGAUUCAUCAUGGGCAAGAGGUAGUGAUCGUUGGAGGGGUUCAUCCAUUACAUCGUCAUGAGAAGUUAGCUAUUGUCGUCUCAAAAGCCAUGCGUGGGCAUUCUCUUCAGGAAACUAAAAAUAACGGAAGAUUUCAUGAGAUGGAAAGGUCUACCGAUGUUCUAGCUGCUGGUUUGCUCGACGUGUCUGACCCUGGGCUUUCUAAUAAAUAUUUUCUCCGCCAGAAAGAUAUAAAGAACAAAACCAAAACGGAGCUAUGGGUGGAGAAGUUCUACAAAAAGACAACCACAUUGCCGGAGCCUUUCCCACACGAGCUAGUUGAAAGAGUGGAGAAAUAUCUAGACACUGUAGAAGAACAACUGGUGGAUCUGUCUUCUUUGUUAUACGACCACAAGCUAUACGAUGCACAUCUCAACAGCUCAGAGAUUCUUCAGACCACCAUGUUUACACAACAGUACGUAGAACAUGUAUUGGAAACAGAAAGGGAGAACAUGAGAUGCUCUAAGAUAGAGUACAAAUACACAGUUGGAGUAAAGUCUUAUCAAACGUUGGUGUACGGAGGAAUACUUGUAGCUGGUUUUCUCGUAUAUUUUCUUGUUAUUUUCUUCUCUUCUCCUCCUUCUCGCUAACUUAUUUACUCGGUCUCAUAGAUUCUGUAAGUGUAACAGUUUCUUGU